UAAAGAUUUGUUUUCGGCAGAACCUCUUAAAAUUAGUUCCAAUAGCAGCAGCACAUUGCUCUAUACUUAAUACAAGAUAUAAAUAUAAAACUGACCUUAUAAAUAAUCCGCAUCUAUUCCCGAGUAGUUGGAAUGAAGAAGUAAACGUAGAAGAAUGCAAUCGAAUAUGGAAAAGAUCGAGAUGUCGUUUAGGAGAAUUAACGGGAAGCGCUAACAUAACUCACACGCAUAACAAGGCACAAAUUAAAUUCACAUACUGGGCUAUAGGAUACCAAGAAGCAAAAGAAUCUAAUUGCUUCCUUAGUAAAAUAAAUAUUUACAUAAAACCAGACACAUCUAUAAUUCUCACACCUGGAAUAGAUAUAUCAUAUUGUAAAUAUGAACAAGGAGCAUGUCUUUUAGAAGAUGACUCAAUAAUUAUUUGGAAAGUUGAGGAAAGAGGGAAAAAUGAAAAGAUGUGUAAAUUCUCGAAAAUAAACAAAUGGAAAGGUACCUGGAUGGGAAAAAUUUGGCUGGCGGAAAACAAAGAAAUAGGGCUCUCCUUCACAGAAGACCCUAUAAAAAUAAAUGAUUGUAAUCGGGAACUAGUCCUAACGGAUCAAGGCUAUGCGGUCCCAGCACAGCAAUAUCAAAUACUAAAAUUAAAAAAAGAAAUAAGAGAAAAACGGGAUACUGUCAUUGGAGCAGGAACAGUACGUACCACACAAUUAGCAGCCGAACUCACAGCAACUGCUGUGCUCUCGACCGAAAAAGUUAAACAAGCAUUAAGCCAUAUCUCAAAUACUCUUUGUGCGAGAAGUAAAAUUAGUGACUAUCAAAGCAAAUUCCUUGGAGGAGCAGAAGCUAAUAUAGCAGCCAGACUGCUCAUGAACACACCUUACAUAAAGGGAAAAUGGAUAUCACCGAACAUUCUAGAAACCACCACAUGCUUACCAAUCCCAGUAAAAAACAUCACAUACCUCGCAAAUAAAAAAUGCUAUAAAGAAAUACCAGUAAACGUUACAAUAGAAGAUAAGACAAUAAAAGCAUUUCUCGAGCCAUUGACCCUAAUUAUAACAGAAAAGCCAAGUAAUACACCUUGCUCAUAUGAACGUUACGUCACAAUAUUUAUAGAGAAAAAAUUAAUAAGAAUAGAUCAGAAAACAGGACAAUAUACUGAAAUCAACGAUAAAUACAUACACGAAAUUAGAGAUGAUAUUCAACCCGAGAAUAAACCUACGAUCGAAACUCACGCCUUCCAUAAUCUCAUCAUAAAUAAUUAUAGUGAUCCAAGGAUAGAAAUGUUGCAAAUGUUUCAGACAUUUGGAAUAGACCGGAAAUUCGAACAAGAAAAACUGGAAACAGCAGUAAACACAGGACAGUACAUACACUAUACCGAACAAACCUUCCAGAACCCUCUCCAAUAUAUAUUCAAAAACUUUUUUGACUUAAACUUUGAAAAAAUCUGGAUAAGGUCUGUAGCCGUAUACGUCACCUACAUCUGGAUCAUAGAAACGCUUAUACCAUUUCUCUUCAAAUACUUUAAAAAUACAAGAAUAGGGAGGUUAAUAACCACAAUCUUAAGCAAAACAUCGACAGAAGUGCUCGUACAGGAAACCGACCAAAUAAAUAAUGAAGAAGUAAGAAUGAGAGAACUUCUAAGAAAAAUCAAGAAAGAGGAGGAAGAGGAUAGAAGACAACGCCUCGCCGCCGCGAGUGUCGUAUAA